AUGGACUCGUGCAACCUGCUCGCCCAGGCCCUGCUGCUCCUCACCCUGGGCAGCGUGGCAACAGGUGACUGUCAGACCGGCCGUGCGUCUGCGCCCGUGUCCCUCCCGCCCCCGUCCCAGGCCAGCGUCACCCCGAAACCAAGGGUCUCCCUGAGCCCCCCGUGGAGCAGAAUAUUCCGGGGCGAGAGCGUGACCCUCACCUGUCAUCUCGGGAACGGUUCCCUGCUGACUGGCACUGCCGACUGGACACACAACAGCCGCCCUCUGAAUGAAAGCACGUCCAGUCUGACCAUCUCCGACGCCAGAGAGCUGGACAGCGGCGAGUACAGGUGUCAGGGCGGGGACACGCAGCCCAGUGACCCCGUGCGCCUGGGCAUCUUCAGUGACUGGCUGCUGCUGCAGGCCACCGCCGAGAACCUGAGUGAGGGCGAGCCCCUCCUCCUGCAGUGCCACAGCUGGAAGAACUGGAAAGUGGACAAGGUCAUCUUCUAUAAGGACAACGUGUCCAUCAAGUACUGGUACGAGAACCACAACAUCUCCGUGGACAGAGUCACCCUGAAUGACAGUGGCCACUACCGCUGCGUGGGUCGGGUCCGCAAGGUGGAGAGGGAGUCCGAGCCGGUGCUCAUCGUGGUGCACAGGGCUUCCCGCAGCUCCCUGCCCUGGCUGCGGCUGCUGGUCCCCGCGCUGCUGCUGGCCCUGCUGGCCGCGGACUCGGCCCUGUUCGUCCUCACCCGGCAGGAGCUCACGAUGCUGCAGAGAGCACCGAGAGGCAGGAAGGGCCGAACCACGCGCGCGGCCCCGCGCUCCAGGACAGACCCCGCCAACCGCUGA